AGUCACACUACUACACGAUAUAGUUGCCGUGAGAUUAUUGACUAGGAAUCGCCUCUCACGCCAUAGGCAGUAUUGGAAAUGAUCCUUGUUUUCAUAAUGGCUUUUCUGGCGAUCGGCCCUACCGACGCUAGACUGAAGGGUAAAUGCACAUGUGAUUGGUUCACUUGUACGGAGCCCGUGUGUGCAAGUAACCACAUGACUUUUGACUGCUUGUGCCGGCUCAAAUGUUGGAACGUGGACCACAACACCAAACUCUUCAAGCUUUACGACGGGGAGUGCUAUGCCGACUUAUACUAGUAAAUAAGCGAGAUAAAGAACACCUUGAUUUUUG